GUAUUUGUAGGUGAAGCUCCCGAAGCCACUGCGCAUAAACACAACAGCGUUAUAGUCACUAUUCGUCGCCUCACCAUCGCUAUUCCAGGUCCUACAACUCAACCUUACACCAAAGCUAUGCGCAAGAAUUUCCAUCUGCAUUCAGGCGAACUAAAAAUAGAAGCACAACUGCCCAAGGAAAUAUUUUAUCAUGGAGAAAUUAUUCCUGUUACGAUUCAGCUAGACAAUUUGUCUAGCAACACCGUGAGACGUAUUAAAUUUCAGGCGAGUUUAAAACAUCAAAGACUUCUUAUUGUAAUUCAACUGACUGAUAUCACAUUGUUUCGCCAACAGCAAUUCAAGACCGUGGUAUUUAGUCUAGAAAGCGAGGAAGGAUUUCCCAUCGAAGCGGGUACCAUGGGUUGGACGCAAACUUACAAACUUCGCCCUCUGCUUUUUGACAACCGUCACCAACCAGGCCUUGCUUUGGAUGGAAAAAUGAAACACCAGGACACCAAUUUGGCCACCUCAACACUUAUCAAGGACUAUCGCAAAAGGGAUUUAUUGGGUAUCAUUGUGCAGUACCUGAUCCGCUUGAAGAUCGUCACUGGCUUCGGGGGUCGAGAUACUGAAAUGGACAUUCCCUUCAUUUUGACGCACCCGCGCAAGGAGGUGGAGCAGAGCAUGGUUGGCGGGCCAGAUGAGGUUGUGAUUGAGAAGUUCUCCCGAACCAAAAUACAACAACACAGCGAAACACCUUCGGGUCCUGAGGAACCCUGCGACAAAGUCUAA